CAAAGUAGUCUUUCAAGUGUUGUUCACUUUUAUUUAUUCAUUUUUUCUACUGUUUGUACCAUUUACAGACUUAAAUUAUUCAUAUUUAUCAUAGAUUAUCAUGUCAGACACUGCUGCCAAAGUUCCCUUCAAGAGACAACCUCCCAAGAAGAGAGGAGCCGUUGAUUUUAUUGCUGGUGGGGUCGCCGGUUUAUUCGAAGCAUUGGUGUGUCAUCCGUUAGAUACCAUCAAAGUCCGUAUGCAACUUUAUCGUAAAUCAGGUCAAAAACCUCCGGGCUUUGUUAAGACCGGGGUCAAUAUUGCACAAAAGGAAGGAUUCCUUUCUCUUUACAAAGGGUUGGGUGCCGUUAUUAUUGGUAUUGUUCCUAAGAUGGCUAUUCGUUUCAGUUCUUACGAGUUCUACAGAAGUUUGUUUUACGAUGAAAACUUCAAUAUUACCACUGGUCAAACUUUUAUUGCUGGGGUUGGUGCUGGUAUUACCGAAGCUGUGAUGGUGGUUAAUCCUAUGGAAGUGGUCAAGAUUAGAUUGCAAGCACAACAUCAUUCCAUGAAGGAUCCAUUGGAUAUCCCUAAAUACAGAAACGCUCCUCAUGCUGCUUAUUUGAUCUGUAAAGAAGAAGGGUUUAGUACUUUAUACCGUGGUGUUUCCUUAACUGCUGCCAGACAAGCUUCUAAUCAGGGGGUUAACUUUACUGUAUACUCGAAGUUGAAGGAAUAUUUGCAAGAACGUUCAGGAACUGAAGUAUUGCCACAUUGGCAAACUUCUGGUAUUGGGUUAAUUUCCGGUGCCUUAGGUCCAUUAUCCAACGCUCCAUUAGAUACCAUCAAGACCAGAUUACAAAAGACUACCUUUGCAUCCAAUGAAAGUGGUAUGGUUAGAAUCAUGAAGAUUACCAAGCAAUUGAUUAGAGAAGAAGGGAUUCACGCAUUGUACAAGGGUAUCACUCCAAGAAUCAUGAGAGUUGCUCCUGGUCAAGCCGUUACUUUUACUGUCUACGAAUUCAUUAAGGAUAUGUUGAAUAGUGACACCAGUAUUCUUGCUUCUACCAACAAGAAACUUGCUUAGAUUAUAUCCCCCGGAGGGAUCAGGUCAUUUUGUCAAAUGGCAUGAUAAAGACGUAUAUAAAAAUAAAAAGAAACUGAUGAAACUGGUUUAGUUUAGAGGUAUUUAGUAAAAGCCAAAUCUAAUGUUUCUACACUUUAGUUUAUACUUGUAAGU